AUGAUUGAACCAAAAAGUCGAGUUUCAUGCUAUAGCAACCAAGCAGUUGGAGCAGUAAUUUGGUCAGAUGUCAGUUGCAGUGAAUCAGAGAUAGCCUGGCACUCUUCCAAGCAAUACGGUGACUGUGAGGUGCACUUUCAAGUCCCUAUUAUCUUGGGAAGACCAUUUUUGGCUACAGGUAGGAUGUUGAUUGAUUUGGAGAAAGGACAUCUGAUAUUGAGACUCAAUGACAAACAAGUGACAUUUAAUGUUUACAAAUCUAUGAAGCAGCCCGAUGAAUUAAGAGUGGUGUUUGUGAAUGAUGUAGAUGAUGAAGAGGCAGAUUUAUUCCAUGAUGUUGAUGUAGUGACUUUGUGGGAUGAUGGUUCUGAUGCAGUUGUUCUUGUUGAAGAAAGAUUAGAUGUUGAGGCACUUACAGCUAUGAUCAUGAAUUUUGAUUUUGAAGGUAUUGAGGAAUAUGAGGAGUUGGGCGAAAUAACUGUUGUGCCUAAUGAGAAAAAUGAUCUAGUGCCUUUGAGACCAUUCACUAGAUGGAGAGUAUGCAUGGAUUAUAGAAAUUUGAAUGCUUGGACUCAGAAGGACCACUUUUCGAUGUCGUUCAUGGAUCAGAUGCUAGACAGGUUAACAGGCAGAGAAUGUCCACUUUGCAAGCUUCUCGUGAAAGAGGUAAAGUUUGAAUUUGAUGAGGCAUGUAAGAAGGCUUUUGAAAACUUAAAAACGAAGUUGGUAUCUGCUCCAAUUGUUGUGUCUCUGGAUUGGUCUUUAACUUUCAAAAUUAUGUGUGAUUCCAGUGGAUUGGCCUUAGGGGUUGUACGAGGCCAAAGGAAAGAGAAGAUCCUUCAUCCCAUCUACUAUGCUAAUAAGGCACUAAACCCUGCUCAAAAGAACUAUACUAUGACGGAGCAAGAUUUAUUAGCAGUGGUUUUUUCUUUUGAAAAGUUUAAAUCGUACUUGAUUAGGAAAAAGGUGAUUCUGCAAAUCGAUCAUGCAGCAUUGAGGUACUUAAUAGCUAAAAAGGAUGCAAAACCGAGGCUUAUUUGGUGGGUGCUUUUGUUGCAAGAAUUUGAUUUUGAGGUAAAGGACAAAAAAAGCACAGAGAAUCAAGUUGUGGAUCAAUUCUCUAAACUAGAGGAGGAAGCUAUGCAAAAGAUUGCUAAAAGUUUGGAGAUUGAUGACAGCUUUCCAGACGAGUAG